AUGCAGAGGGUUGGGGAGGAGCGUCGACAGCUCGGCGUCCUCCAGGCGCGGGCAAGGAGGAGCUCCGGCGGCGGGAAUCGCAGGAGGAGCUCGGGCCUUAGGUGCGGGAGGCGCGAACAUGAUGCAGGGGAGGCUCGGGCAGGGACGGGCCAACGCAGGCAGCUCCGGACGGGAUCCUCCGGAUCGAACGUAGCAGGGGACAGAGGGACCCUGGGGCAGCUCGAUUUGGCCAGUGGCGGAGCUGAAGGCGCCGGGAACGAUGGCGACAGGAGCUUGGCGCGGGCGAGGGACUCCGGCGACGAGGCAAGGCGGCGGCCACGGGCUUGGACGCACGAGGCUGGAGAUGGCGGGGCACGAUGCUGGUGA